AUGUCAAAUGCUAUAAAUAGUCUUGUUCCGUUCAAUGAAAUUGAAGGCACUGCCUCUUUAAACGUGCCAGCGUAUUCAAACAGAAACAGUAGUAUUUGGAGGGUGGGCCGUCAUUAUCUGUAUGGAAUUUACACUGGCUUUCAAUGGCAAUGUGUCGAAUAUGCUCGUCGAUGGUUGUUAUUACGCAAAAGUUCUAUAUUUAAAGAUAUUUCAUCUGCUUGUGAUAUGUGGCGCGGUUUAACGUAUAUUGAACGUGUUACCGACGGUAAGCAAUUUCCUUUACGUUCUGUUCCAAAUGGUUCAUCGGAACCACCAGUCAAAGAUUCGAUACUUAUCUAUCAGCGUAGUCUACGAAUGCCUUUCGGACAUGUGGCGAUUAUUACGGAUGUUGUUUCCGAUCAUGUACAUGUUGCUGAACAAAAUCAUCUACAUCAGUAUUGGGCAAAUGAUUACGCGCGUCGAGUGCCAAUAAGAUUUGAGAAUGAUCGUUAUUAUAUUGACGAUGAAGAUAGAGUGUUCGGUUGGAUGGUUAUUGAGGAUAAUGAUCAAUUGAAGCCAUUCGAGGAAUCGAUGAAGGAUCAAAUCCUUCAACAAUAUAUUCAUCGGCAACCUACUGGACUAUUUACACGAUUAUUUACUUCGAAUAGGAAUCAAUAG